AUAAUAAGAGAGUGAAACAGUUCUUGAUGAGCUUUGCAACACUUUUAUUUUGCUGAAUGACGAAAGGGAACGUAACUAUAUAAUACGCCGUACUACAGGUCUUUCUUUGAAGUUCAUGUAAUUGUUCGAUUCAGCCUUGUCAAUUUGGUGGUGAAGAAUAUAAGGAAAGAGAAGAAAAAGGUCGAAUACUUCUGGGUUUUUUCCUUCGUUUCUUUCUAAUUUGGAUGAACGCAGUUUUAUUCGUUCAUUUAUUUAUUUCUAUUUAUUUUUUACUUUAAAUUAUUUAAUGCAAAGCAGAAAGGAAACAAUUGUGAAAUUCAAAGAACCGGAAAAGAAAUUUUUACGGAAAAAAAAUUUUUAAAUAACAACAGAAAGGAAGAAAUCUUGAAGUAAAAAUGGCCAAAGUUCUGGUAACGUUAUUUCAUUUGCUUUGUUUCCUCAUUACGGGAUUCGGCUUGUAUUACGACACCUUCGUUGUUACUUACGGCUGGUCAGUCUACGCCGGAAAAGUACGUUAUGCUACGUACUGGGAUAUCGUCUUACAGACCAUAUAUUUUGGACUGGCACUGGUAUCAGACAUCUACAAUCGCAAUGAUUUCGACAAGAACAAUGCAUUUUCGAACGAACUUUAUAGCAAAACGAAACUAAAGCGACUGGUAAGAUAUAUAUCUUGCGGUAUGGCAUUUCCUCUCGGUAACUUCGUCUGUUUAUCAUUCUGGAUUAUAUUUUUUUUUCAUCGUGAAUUGAUAUAUCCAUCCUAUCUCGAUGACAUUAUUCCGUGGUGGCUCAACCAUAUUCUUCAUUCGGUGCCCAUAGUGCUUCAGUGGUUGGAUAAAUUCUUCUAUAACCAAACGUACCCGAAGAAUGGAGUUAUAGGAAUUCUAGCUUUAACAGGUUGCUAUCAAGUGUGGAUGGUGUGGAUUGCGCAUCGUACGAGGACGUGGAUUUAUCCAUUUCUCGAUUAUCUACCGAUAUGGUACAGAAUAUUGUUCCUGGCAUGCAUGUGGGGUUGUCUUGCAGGAUUCUAUUUCGUUGGAGAGUUCUUACACUAUAUCUUUUGGACACGCAAAUCAAGAAAGAAUGUGAAAUUAUACUGAAAUAUAUUUUAAUGUAAACUAUUUUCUUCUUUUGAAGACAUAUAAACAUUUACAAUGAUAAAUGCAAAACAUUACACCAAAAAAAAAUAUAAAACCGACGUUGUAUCUCUCACACAUAUACAGAACUCUCACAUAUACGCGUUUUUAUGAACCUAUAUAUAUAUAUAUAUAUAUAUAUAUAUAUAUAAUAUAUAUAUAUAUAUAUAGAUGAGUGUGUGUAUAUUUAUGUAAAUGCAUUAGCUGAGAAAUUACAGGAGUGGCUUAAGGGCCUAAAAGUUUCGUCUCAAAGCAUCUAUCAAACUAAACAGAAUUUAAAACAUCCAUAUAUAUAUAUAUAUAUAUAUAUAUAUAUAUAUAUAUAGCAAAGUACUAAGCAUUCUGGAAGACUUCGGAAAGAAUACACUAAUUUUCACGUGAUAAUUGUAAUAUUAAAAAUCCCCUGACUGAUUGAUAAAUAUCAAUGCGAAAACGAAAUUUUGCUUACUUAUAUACAGGCACAAACACAUAUUCAUAUUUACAUAUAGUUAUAUAUAUACACAUGCACAUUGUCUGAUGCAAGAAACUAAUUAUACACACACACCAAUACAUGCACAAUCGCAAAUUCAAGUAUUUAUGCUUGCACACAACUUAAGCCAAUCGUGGUCUCAAACAAACUUAAUAUGUAUAAUAUAUUCAUAUAUAUGAACAUAGACAUGUAUAGCCAUGCGUUAAUGCACGUACUUGGGCGCACGCAUGCAAGCACACGCGAAUACACAAAACUCUGCAAACAGAUAUUGAAACAAUGAAUGUGAUGAAGGAUUUUCAGCGUAUCUUCCGAAGAGCAAUUUAACUGUACUGUGCAGUACUAAAGCGAAGGUUUAUGUGGAAAUGGUUCCGUCAUAAAUAGCAAGAGUAGUUAUACCCUUAAAUCAAAGAAUACUCCAAAAAGGAAGAUUAUAUUGUAUAAUCUAAUCUAUUUAGAUUAAACAUUAGCUAUAAUAUUGCACGUUCUUUUCAACAUCUAAUAAAUAAGGAUUUUCAUGCUUGUCAUAAACUCUACGUGGUUUUUGGUAGGCAUAACGUUAAGGUUAGUUUCCGAUGCCGUGAUAAUUUCGUCUUCAACAAGGAUCAAUUAGAAGAAGGAGGCACACACAAACAUAGAAAGCUUACUUCUGCAAUGUGGCUACCCCAUAAAUAAUCCCUGCCUAUUAAAAGGCAAAUGCCUUCGGAAAAGUGUUGUAUAGUGCGCACAAGUCUCUACUGAAAGCAGUGUACUCAAUGAAUGUACUUUUAUCGACAGACUUAUUUAUUCAGACAUGAACUCAAAAGUGGCUCAUCUUUACUUUCCAAAUAUAUCUGGGAUUUAAAAGAUAGAAGUGUUCUUAAUUAGAAAUCAACUGGUCAGUUACUGAAAUUGUGCCGACGUAUAUCAACAACAAAUGCUCUCGCUGUAUAUCAGAGCUGUACAAAAUAUUGACGCAACCACUGAACAUAUUCCCCUGGUCUUUUCUUGUUUUCAACAAAACAAAAAUAUCAUACGACUUUCUCAUCGGAUAAUAAUUUUCGUUCUUGAAAAACAAUGCCAUGCGCUUCUCUAAACGCAUAUGUACUUCAGAUCUCAUUUUCAUCAUCGCUUUUAGCUUCGACAUUUUUCUUUACUUUUUGACCUUUUAGCUUUAAGCCCGCUGCAGUUUUAUAUCUGUCGUCGUACCCCCGCUUCAGUAAGUAUGCCUGCAUCAUGUCUUUUCACGCUGCAUACCGACUAAUCACCCAAAAUGUUCUAUUCAAACACGAAAGCUUGAGUUAUACAAUUUUGACCAAACUUUACAUGCUCAGAUGUAUUACACUAGGUGGGCUGUCCGUCCUGUCCUGCAGAGCACUUUACAGCGAUGUAAUACUUGCAUACCUACAUUUUCUGAUAUUAUUCACGCAGAAGAAAAUACACAGAAGUACAUUACGGCUGUAUCUAAGUUAUGUUGACUUUGUAUUAUUUUUAUUAUUCAUGUGUUUAGCAUUAAUAUUUCUAUAAUACUUUAUUAAUAUUGUAUUAUUUCCUACUUAUUAUUUUUUUUUUUUUCGUAUAUUUCUUACUUCUUAAUAAUUAUCUACAUUCUCUGACCAAAGGUGGUGACUAGCUUAACAUGUUACAAGCGUGUCUAUAUGCAUACAAGCGCAUGCGUGCAUGCACACACACACACAUCUCUCUCUCUCUCUCUCUCUCUCUCUCUCUCUCUCUCUCU